UCCACCACGGCAACCACUGCCACUGGUAGGCAGCGUUUGUCCGUGUCUGUGCUGUGUCCAUGGCGACGCAGCUCGCGACCCGCGGCCUCCCCCUCGCCUCUCGCGGCCGGUCUUCCUGCGCCGCCUCCUGCUCCUCGUGCCCGCCCUCGUCUCCCCAUCUCGGUCGCCGGCCUAGCCGCCGGUUCCGCUGCUCCUCGCCACAGGUCGAUGCAGCGGCGGCACCGCCGGCGAAGGGCGGCGAGUACCGGCCCUCCUUCGCGGACGACCUCCUCCUCGCCUUCUUCCGGAGCAAGAUGGUGGAGGAGGUUGGAUGGGAUUCCGAAAAGCCUGGGUAUGCUGGGCUAAUGGAGGUAGCAAACCGUCUCAUGGUCAAGGGAAAGAGUGCUAUGGAGACUGAGCAAGCUGCUGUCCGAGUACUACAGUCAUUGUUUCCACCUGUCUUGCUUGUUCUUUACAAAGCUCUUUUAUCGCCAAUUGCUAAUGGUCAACUAGCUGCCAUGAUGCUUGCUAGAGCGACUGCGCUUUCAUGCCAAUGGUUGAUGGGCCCAUGCUCAGUUAAUUCAGUCACUCUGCCUGAUGGAAAAUCUUGGUCAAGUGGGGUGUUCGUUGAGAAAUGCAAGUAUCUGGAAGAGAGCAAAUGUCUUGGCAUUUGCAUCAACACAUGCAAACUACCAACUCAGACUUUCUUCAAAGAUCACAUGGGCGUUGAUUUGUACAUGGAGCCAAAUUUUGAAGACUAUAGCUGCCAGUUCAACUUCGGGGUGCCGCCUCCACCUCUUGAUACUGACAAAGCCCUCAAGGAACCGUGCUUGGACAUCUGCACAAAUGCGAGGCGACGCAGAGAACUAGGGAGAAAUAGUAGCCCAGAUGAGCUCAGUUGCCCCCAAGUUUAAUAUGCACCUUGCACAUCAUAGAUAAGAAUAUAAGAUGUCAUAACCCGGUAAUGGUAUAGGUACCCUUGCUUUGAUUAUUGCACAUUGGGCAAGGUGUGUUACUCAACUCUGACAGUCUUCGUUCAGCAAUGUCGAGUAAUUUUGGCAAUACCAAUUCUAUAUUGCACACAUGCACGUAUUCAAUUUGAUCAACAUAAGUGGCAAACUCAAUCUGUUCCAAAGAUCAGCAUCCAAUGAAACACCACAGUGAUCUGGAUAUAAGUUCAGCUGCCACCAAAAAAAAGGAUAAGUAAGAACAGGGAACAAAAUAUAUGAAGCAACAUAUAAAAAUAUGAAGUCCAAUAUUUUAUCAGAAAAGUUAUGGCAGGCAAAGCUCCAUGUUUGAAGUCAGGAACAUGUUGAAAAAGAAAAAGAAAAUCACCGCAUCCCAGUUGUCGAACAGGGAGUCUGAACUUCUGAACAAGAAACAUGAUCGGUUCUUGGGUUGAACAAAUGGGGUGCACCAUGCCCGGUUCCUGGAAUGGAAACUUAAACUUCAGUUCCGAUGGAUCACUGCUCCCUCUGUAGAACCCAACAACUGAUCAUGCAGAGCCUGCUGUCUGUCUGCAUCCACAGCCACAAGGUAAGCAAACGGUGAUCCUCGUUUGGCUGAUAAACCAUAGCAGAUAUUCGCUGAUUUGUUAUGAGAGAAAAACACUGAUGAAUAGUCAAGCGAACAAGCUGUUUGGUAACAAAGGAAGCUACGAAUCUGCUAGCAGCUCUCACUGUGAGUUAAGAUUCUAUCCAUGGCAUGCUGUUAUAUAUACCAUGAUCCGCCACUCAUAUGUGAUGUGAGGCACUCCCUCGUCCACGCGAUGGUCACCGCGGUGCUACUGGCGCAUGCUAUACACGACUACACCGUGGAGUGUGCAUUUAUGGCACUCUGUUUUCAUCAUGUUUAAAAUUUUUACGGAUAUGCCUAAAAUUACGUGGCCUAUGUACCUGCUAAUCAUCAAUUAUGUAUGUUGACAUGUUAAUACAACGACGUGCAAGCGAAUUUUACACCGAUUACUUCAUACGUA